GGAAAAUACAACUAGUCAAAUCAGAACGACCUCGACGGACGACACGUCAUCAACUGUGGGACCCACCGACUUAAACCCCAAUAUAAAAACCUUCACCCCGCCCACUUUAGCGGCAUUUCAGUUUCAGCGUUACACGAAACCACUUAAACGGCAUUCAUGGAGGAAUUGCAGAGCGCUCUCGGGAAUCGCGGCCUGACCGUUUCGAAUCUUCCGGAGAAAGGCCGUUGCAUCUUCACCACCGAAGACUUCUAUCCAGGGGAAGUGAUCAUAAGUCAAGAGCCCUAUGUGUGCGUCCCAAAAAACUCCAUUGCUGACCACAAGUGCGAUGCUUGCUUCGAAUCCAGUAACCUCAAGAAGUGCUCCGGUUGCAAGAUUGUGUACUACUGUUCCAGCACCUGCCAGAAGUCUGAAUGGAAACUGCACCGUCUCGAAUGUGAAGCUUUCUCGAAGCUUCCCAUUGAGUUCCGUCAUCAAAUUACACCUCCUAUUCGUCUCACGAUCAGACUCCACUGCCGUUCAAAAUUACAAUCUCAGAAGACUAUUCCUACUUCUGCUAUGGACAACUACGAUUUGGUGAAGGCUUUGGUGGCUCACAUGUCAAAGAUUGAUGAUGAGCAAAGGUGGCUGUAUGCUCAGAUGGCUAACCUUGUCAGCUUGAUACUUCAGUGGCCAGAUAUCAAUAAAAAAGAGGUUGCAGAGAACUUUUCAAAGAUGGUAUUCAAUGCACACACAAUUUAUGACAGUGGAUUAAAGCACUUGGGUAAAGGACUGUAUCCUGUCAUUUCAAUCAUGAACCACAGCUGCUUGCCCAAUUCUAUUUUAGUAUUUGAGGGGAGGUCAGCUGUUCUUCGUGCUGUGCAACAUAUACCCAAAGGAGCUGAGGUGUUGACAAGUUACAUUGACCUUGUUGGAAGCACUGUAACUCGGCAAAAGGCGCUAAAGGAACAAUACCUUUUUACCUGCACAUGUCCCCGCUGCAUUAAAGUGGGUCAGUAUGAUGAUAUCCACGAAAGUGCAUUUCUGGAAGGCUACCGAUGCACACAUAAUGAAUGCGACGGCCUUUUGCUUUGCAACUCUGAUGAUAAUGGAUUCAUAUGCCAACAAUGUGGACGUCUUAAGAGCAAAAAAGAGAUACAAGAGGUGGAAAGUAAAAUAAAAUCAUUGCAGGAAAAGGCUCGUAUUGCUGCAGAGUCCGCAAGCUCUUAUAUCACUUAUCAGGAAGUAAUAGCUCUGUAUAAGGCAAUUGAGACACUCCAAAGGCAACUGUUUAAUCCUUGCUGCAUCUAUUUGAUCCCAACUUGGGAGGGGAUUAUAGAGAAUUCAAUGAAGCUGGAAGACUGGAGUGAAGCUCUAGCAUAUUGCAGAUUGACCAUUGCAGUGUAUCAAAGAGUAUAUCGGAACUUUCAAUCCUUUCAUCCUUCACUUGGAUUGCAAUACUAUACCUGUGGGAAGCUUGAAGGGGUACUUGGAGAGGCUGAGAAUGCUGUGAAAUCUCUGACCAAGGCAGUCGAUAUACUGCAGAUUACUUAUGGGACAAGUACACCCUUCAUGAAGGAUCUUUUCAGUAUGUUGGAGGAGCAACGUGAAAUUGAAGCUCUCAUCAAUGGAACAGAUUACUAGAUUAGUCUGUUACUCCUGUUAACUUGCUAAUUCGUGGUAUUGAAGCUCUCAUCAGUGGAGUAGAUUACUAGAUUAGUCUGUUACUCCUGUUAACUACCUAACUCGUUUAGGAUUUGCUGUUGAACAUUGCACUUCUGCUAUUACUUCCACUUAUAUUGUAUCAACCUGUGGAAGAGUUACAUUAGUAGACACAAAAAAAGAAGUUCGAAUAGGUUAUGAAAUGGCAGGACUGAAUUUAAAGCGUGGCUUUUUUGGGAUCAUAAAGCUCACUACACCUCACUGAGCUCACAACAGACCCUUGUUCAAUACACUUCCAACCCUGGCAAACUUGGUUUAGGUUCUCAAAUUAUGUUCAACUCAAUGUAGGACUAUAUCCGAGCUUUCAUCCUUCCUAGGAUCGUU